UCCCUCAAAAAAAAAAAAAAAAAAAAUGGCUUUAGUUUCUUAGUAGUCCAAAAAGAAAUUAAAGAUGGCAAAGAAAGUGAUGUUGGUUUGGACAUUUUUGGUUCUUGGUUUGGCUAUUAUGGUGCUUGGUUCGACCCAUGAGAAUAAUAUAACAUGCCAGCAGGCAUUGACGGACCUGUUACCCUGUCAACCCUUCUUGACGGCAGCCGCAGGAGCUGACCAACCAAGCGGUCCAUGCUGCCUUGGUGUUCAAAUUGUGUUCCAAGCAGCAAGCACCACCCAGAUUCGGAGAGACCUUUGCGUGUGUUUCAAGAAUGCUGCAGCACAGUUUGGUGCUAAGCCUGAUAGAGCUAAACAGAUUCCUACUUUGUGCAAUAUUGCUCUUACAAUUCCCAUUGACCCUAGUAUCAACUGCAGCACGAUUAAUAAUUAGAUUUCUUUGAAGAUUGGAGAACAAAAAAGAUAUGCCGAAAGGAAGUGUUAGAAACCAGAAAUUUUAUGACGCAAAAAUCUAAGAGAUUUCUUUUGGCUAUCUGAUUUUUGUAUUCCAGCAGGAUAUAUAAUAUAAAUGCAAUAAAAAGGAAAAAUUGUUCUUCGUUC